AUGGAAAGGUAUGAUAGACAGCUGAGACUUUGGGGGCCAUUGGGCCAAGAUAGGUUAAAUCGAUCCUGUGUGUGCCUGAUAGGACCUGUUACACCUUUACUGCAAGAAGUCUCUAAGAAUCUGGUGCUUGCUGGAGUAUCAUCUUUUACUUGGCUUAAAGAAAAUAGUGCAGUUCCAUCGGGCCCUUUAUUUUUAGCAGAGCUCAAAAAAGAUCUUGAGCCAUUGACUUCCAAGUUGCUGGUAUAUGAGGAAAAGGACCUCGGAGAGAUCCUAGAGCAACUUCAGUACGAUUGGUCACGUUUUUCGGUGAUAAUCUUGAUCUGUAUUGGUAAGCAAAAUACAUUACUCGAUUUGAAUGAAAUUAAACGCGGUAUUGGGACGAAAUUUCCCCCUGUACUGAACACUUCUGUCUCUGGGCUUUAUGGGUACGUAAACCUGGUCCUUUCAGAGGCACACUUUGUUUUACGAGCGCAUCCGGAUAGUAAGAAAUACGAUCUACGGCUACAAAAUCCCUGGCCUGAACUCGUGGAAUAUGUAAAGACAUUUGACCUUACUAGAAUGGAUGUUGUAGAAUUUUCCGGUAUUCCUUACAUCGUUCUACUUAUAAAAUGUAUCGCAAAACUCAAAAAGGACGGUAAUAGUGGGAAGUUAACAUCCGGUCAAGUGAAGGAUACCUUGAGCCAAAUUUGCCUUUCUCUAGGGGAGGGUGCUGCCUGCGAAUCUAAUUAUGCAGAAGCUAGGCGAUAUGCAUAUUUAGCUUGCUCUCGAGAUGAUUGUUAUCAAGAACUAGACGAUUUGCUCCGAAAUUUGGAAAUAUCAGACGAUGAGCAUGAUUGGCAUGAUAUCUGCAACUAUGAAAUCGUCACACUAGUAUUGGCCUUAAAACGCAUGGCCCAAGAGAGUGAAGAGUCUACCUUUCAACCUUUAGCGGGUGCUCUUCCAGAUAUGGAGUCUACGACCGUAAAUUAUACUGAACUCAAAAGUAUAUACGAAGUGAAAGCUGAGUUUGAUAGGUCAUGCGUGAAAAAAAGUCUGGUUUCUAGUGGGAAAAAAGUUUCGAAGGGUGUCCUGAAUACUUUUUGUUCCCAUUACGGGGAAGUUAGGGGAAUAUUACCGUCGGAAAGUGACCUUCUAGGCAUUUUUAGCACUUCAAAUACUCUCUUGAGCGCAUUAGUGAUGAGGCAAUUUCAGAAACAAUAUACUUCUGUGGAGUGUGAAAAUGAGUUCAUUGGCUUAGAGAUUGACGGUAAUUAUUCAAUUAUGGCCUUUUUUGGAGGGGUGGUAGCCCAAGAGGCGAUCAAACUUAUUACUCAUCACUUUAUUCCUAUUGAUAAUUUAUUUCUGUACAAUGGCAUCGAUAAUUCAUCCGCAACAUAUAAAAUAUAA